UUCACGUAGAGUUAUUGUUUUAUAGCUAGCCAAACUUGCUAGAGGCAGCACACAAGUUGACGUUAAAAUUGUGGAAAAAGUCCAAAGGUGUGUUGUUGAGCAUGCUUCUGUUCGUGCGUGAAAAAGAGAGGACGUAUUACCUCGUCUUAUUCUUCUUUCAAAUAGGGUCUUUUUUGGAGGGCUGCUGACUUGAACGUUGGUACUAAAAGUACUAUUUUUUUAAAAGAUUCUGAGUUGAAUACUGCUCCUGCGCAGUGAUGGUGGUGAAAAAGAAGACACCCAAAGUUGAGGCUUUGGUUUUGGAUGAAGAGAAACUGCAACGCUUGUUAGCAUCUCUAUCAGUAGAUGGAGGGCAAGAUGGAGUGAGACAGGUUGCACACACUCUGCAGUCUUGUUUGGAGCUGAAAGAGCCAGUGCAGCAGAUCCAGCUGGUCAAAAAGGUUGGUUCACAGCUGGAGGCACUCAGUGAAGAGAAAACCGAUGGAGCACUUUUAGGAGCAUGCCUGCACACACUGGCCUUGGUCUACAUUUCCCAGCAGGCCAAAAACCCUUUGCGAAGAGCCAUCGGCAGUGCCCUGGGUUUAGUACCAGCCUGGCUUCAGGAGCAAACCACAGCUUGUCUGUGUGAGUGCCUGUCAGAAUGUUUGUCUGACACAAAUCCAGACCGGUACUCACAUGUUGUGGACACCAUUGCUGGCUGCAUGGAUGGCUUCCUUCUGGGUGAGAGGUGCAUCAAUAAAUUGUUCCCAGAAGUUUUGCAGUUUCUUUACAAGGGAUUACGCGAAUGCCUUCAGCAAAACAGUGGUCUCCAAGGCAGACAUGUUGCUCAAGCCCAGCUCAUGCGUUCCUGCCUGAUGACGGUGAAAACCUCAAUGCUGGUCAUUCAGAAGUGUCAGGGGUCUGUUAGUGCUGCCCUGCACAGCCACCGGACACUGGUGGACACAUUGAGCAGCCUACUGGCCUGCUACAUGCAUAUUGUCACUGACGAGGAGUUUAUACAGGCAGUUCAGAGUACAGCUGGCAUGGCCAUAGUCGUAUUAAUCAGAUCUGUGAUGGGCUCUGGAGAUGAAGUUGCGUCUGUGGUGUGCAGUUUGCUGCGUAGCUCAGUGCAGGGCUUGGAUUGUGCGCCUUUGUGGCUCAAGCAAAGGUGUGAGCGUCUGUGUACAGGUACACGCCCGCCUGGUGUCUCUGUGUAUCUGUGUCAUGGGGCUCUGGCCAUGCUGAACUGGAAGGGUGCCCUUCCUGGCCCACAGUGGGAAUCACUGCUGCUGUUGGUACCAGACACACUGCUGGAUGUAGAUGCCAGUAUGAAAGAGUUUAGUACCGUGAUGGUGGUAGUUCGGGUCCUGACCCUAUGGAGCCGUGCUGCCCUGGAGUAUCUGCAGGGAGAGAGGCACCUCUGUUCCCCGAGCCUUCAGCAGUCACUCGGUGGAGAGUCUGAUCUACACAGACGUCUCCUAGAGCAUAUCUACUCCCACUGGGAGCAUCCUUUAGAUGGAGUUCGCCAGCAAACACACUCCUUGUUUCGGAACCUCCUACUACUCCAUCAGCAUACCAGUUCGUCCACCUCGGAGUCAGUACUGGACGGGUAUGGUUUAGAGCUCAUGCAAAGACUGCUCCAGCUAGAGUGGCACAUGAGGGGAAAAUAUGGAGCUCUAGGGUGUCUUGUUGAGCUCUAUGGUGCCGGGCACCUGCUGGAAAUGCAGCCACAGCUGCCUUCAUGUCUCCUGGGUCUGAUGGGUGACCAGACCUUGGCUCCGUAUGCCAGUGACCUGCUGGAAAGACUUUUUAUAAGCCAUAAGCAACUGCUUGCAGCUGAAGCCUGCAAAAAAAAGACAUGUGAAGAAGACUGGAUGGAAUGCUGGCACCAGAUGUGGGUUACUCCCCUACUACAGGUGUUGUGCAGUGCAAGAGUGGACCAGACCAAUUACAUCUUAGAUUAUUUUCUACCUAAAUUGCUGCGCUGUAGCCCGUCCAGUCUGACACACAUGGUGCAGGCCUUGCAACACAGAUCGUCCCGCUGCAUAGGUUCAUCUGACAGCAGGGGUGCACUUGGGGCUCUAAUGACAUGCCUGCGGGCGGCCAGGGCUCAGGGUGUGAUGCAGACUCCAAAGGAAGGUCUCUGGGGGGGACUGGUGCCCAUCAUCUUACUUCGGCAAGCAUUGAUACACAAACAUGAUCAAGUAAGGAUGGAUGCUUUGGGGUUGGUGUGUGAGAGCAACCGCAGUACUGAGGUUCUGACCUCACAGGAAAUGGACCUCAUCCGCCACUUUCUUCUUCCCAACCUCAACAGCCAAUCACCAGGUGUCAGACAGCAGACAAUCAGUCUGUUCAAGAAGAUGCUUUGCAGGGUAAAGGACAGCACACAGCUGGUGCAGAAGAAACUGAGCCAAGAGAGAGAGCAGGAGCAGAGAGACAAAGAUCAACAUACACUAUGUCUUUAUAAGGAAUUCCUGCAAUGGUUAUGUACAAAAUUGUUUGAGGUUUUGCUUCCUGGAGCUUCUUUUUCGAAAUGCCUGAUGUCCCUUCACUUGCUUGGUCAACUAGCUCAGCUCUUCACUUUUGACGUUGGGCCUGAAGGAUUUGCCCUUGGUGACGUUGUGACCCCUACGUAUGCUCAGAAUGUCCUCUACUGUGUAGCAAGCAACUUCCUGGAAGUCAAAUUGCUGGCUUCAACAUUGCUGGGGAAACUUCCUCCCUCUGCUGUAGGACUUCAGGAACAAGACACGAUGCGCGGAGUCCUUCAGGCUGCAUUGGACCUGAGCACCAGCACCAAACCCUUUGACAGUGUUACAGCUGCCCACCUGCUAAACCUGCUGCUCCACCAGCCCAAUCUGAGCCUGGCACUGCUACAGUGUGCCCAGGAGCAGGGACUUGACUUCCAGCCUCCCUCCUCACUUCCAUUGGCGCCUGAUGUUCUGGAGGCUAACACUUUGGCUGUGAUCCAAUUCUUGCUGCUCUGUCUGCAGUCAGAGGUCUCCAAAGCAGAGUCUUUCCUAUUGCAGGCCGCUGCUUCCUCUCCUCUCUAUGGCAGAGUCCACUGCAUCACCGCCGUCCUGCAGAGUCUGAACACAGAGACUUUGCGUCACACAGAGGAAUGGAGGUGUCUGGUGUCGGAGCUCAUUGCUGUGUGUUACAGGUUGUCUAAUGUGGCCUCUCCUGUAGUUCAGAGCUCUUCCCCAGAGGGGCUUAUCCCCAUGGAUGCUAGUACAGACACCUCAAGUGGACUGCAGAGGAUCCUGCAGGAGAUUCAACCCAGGGACACCAAUGCUUUCUUUACCAGCACCAGAGAGCUGGAUGCACACUAUGAAGAGGAUCAGGCAGAACAUCGGACCACAUGCAUAACGUCACCAGGGACCGGUGGUGAGGACUACAGGGUGACAGCCCAGAUGGUGCUGGUGUGUUGCUGGCGGAGCAUGAAGGAAGUGGCCAUGCUGCUGGGGCAGCUGUGUCAGAGCCUGCCGCUGCACUACACCAGUGACAAAGCAUACAAACAUCCUGGGAUCAUCACAGAGGAGCAGGUGAAGGGGGUUGGCCUGUAUUUCCGUCAGCAGCUCCUGCAGUCCCGUCAUCGUGGCGCCUUUGAACUCGCUUAUGUGGGCUUUGUUCGCCUCACUGACAUGCUAUGCAGGAGUGGAAGUAAAGUCCUGCAGCAGCUUCCAGCCUACUGGCUCUCCAAGGUUCUGGAAGAGGUCAAAUCUAGUGAUCCUUUGUCCAAACUGUGUGCUACACGACGCAGCGCUGGAAUACCCUUCUAUAUUCAGGCUCUUCUGUCUUCUGAGCCAAAAUCAUCUAGUUGCAGUCUGUUAAAAAUGACCAUGAAAGAGCUGAUUGCCCUUGCCAUGCCUGCCGCUGACCGAAACACAGACAACGACACUGUUCCUCAGGUCCAUGCUCUGAACAUUCUGAGAGCUCUCUACAGAGACACUCGUCUGGGAGAAAACAUCAUUCCCUUCGUGUCAGAUGGAAUGCAGGUUGCUGUCCUCGGCUUCACCUCUCCUGUGUGGGCAGUUAGGAAUUCUUCUACUCUUCUCUUCAGCACUCUGAUCACAAGGAUCUUUGGAGUGAAGAAAGGGAGGGAUGAACACGCGAAAAAAAACAGGAUGACAGGCAGAGAGUUUUUUACUCGUUUCCCUGCCCUGUAUUCGUUCCUCCUGAACCAGCUCAAGGAGGCUGCAGCCACAGUGGAAAGUGACAGUGGUCACGUGAAGCUUCAUCCCAGUCUUUUCUUGCUGCUGCUGGUGCUCGGUCGACUCUACCCUUCUCCAAUGGAUGGCACCUAUUCACCGAUGGGACUUGCACCUUUCAUACCGUUCAUCAUCAGAUGUGGUCGUUCAGCGGUGUAUCGGACCCGAGAGAUGGCAGCCCGAGCCUUGGUUCCUUUUGUACCGCUCACCCAGAUCUCAUCCACUAUACACGCUGUGCUUCAGCAGCUUCCUCAACACUCUGCACCUCAAAUCCAAAACAACUGCAUUCAUGGGACACUGCUUCAGGUGCUGUUUCUUCUGCAGUCCUACCGCAGUGAGUCACACAGACCCCCGCCAGCAGAGAAUGGAAUCGGCAAGGCUGUCCUUCAGUGCAUGUGGCUUGCCUCUCGAGAGAACAGCUGUGUGGUCACCAGAGGAGCCUUUCUGGAUGUGUUGGUCUGCCUGUGUGGGCCAAAGAUUAGUCUUUUGUGUGAUUCAGACGUCAACAAGCUCCGUCAAGAGACUCUGUCCAUCCUAUUGACCUCGACCCUGGUCACCAACAACCCCGCAGCCACAGCCAAUCUGGAGCCUGGCAACACUCAGUACAUGCUCAGCCUUGCCAGGGUAGCCCUCAGUGCCAGCGUGGAGAUCCCCGAGCUGUGGGGAAGGCCUCAGCUCACGACUAAGCUCCUGGAGUGCUUGCUUCAGUGCCCGUUGUAUGAGGUUAGAGAGCUGGCUCUGGAGAGGGUCCUGAGUGCACUGAAAAAGGAAGAAGACCAGGAAGAGAAACCUGCAUGGCUAAACGAGACCACCCUGUCGAACCUGACAUGCCUAGCUUUUCAUGAAACACACCCCCAAUGUCUGACCAAGGUCCUCCAGGUGUUGAGUGUGUUGCACUGUGGUGGUGAGCUCCAGUGGAUCGAUGGUGUACAGAAUUUGUCUCAAGACAAGGUUCUGCUGCACCUUCUUGCUCUCACUCAGAGGGCUGUCCACAGUGUGGAAGUCUAUUGUGCAGCCAUGACACUGCUUUCUCAACUGGUAAUCCAAACGGUGAACUCUGACUCAAAGGGUGCAAGCACAGUGACGUGCUUAUCACAAUGGGGGACGCUGGUGUGCUCAUGCUGCAGUGAGGAGCAGCCAGUGGAAGUGAAGCUGAUGGCUGCCAAGGUGUUGGUCAACUCAACAGGCCCACUGCUGACCAACUCUGAGCUGCCACUUGGUCUUGUCAGCACCGUCUCUCUGUGGAGGAGUUUGUUUAUGCUGUUGCAAGAUGAAGACCAGGAAGUUCGAGGUUUUUCGUCGGAUUUCAUUGCCAAUGCUCCGGCUCAUCUGAUUAGUGCAGAUGUGGCAGGUGUAUCAGUAUGUCCUCCUGUGGCCUUGGACAUCGGUGUGGGCCUCUUGUGUCGCCUGAUGGAAGUGUGGAAUCAGGUACCUGCAGGCGUUGUCGCUGUGACAGACUGGCUGCUGGGAGAGGAAGAAGGCAAUGAGGAGGCAGGUGCAGAAGAAGCCUCCAGUCUGGAUGAAGAGGAUUUCCUGUUUGAAAAGGGCGAUCUAAACCUGUGGGCCGAGCCAGUCGAGUGGGUGAAGCUGCUUCACAGACACCUCAUUGCUCUCAUUCUCGCCUAUAAGCAGACCCGUGAGUCAGGAAGUAUCGAGCCGGAAGAGGCUCAACAAAUUUCCACACUGGCCUCCAAGGCCCAAGCCAAGGUACUGAGCACCAAGCAAGCCCUGCAGUCCCUCCCUGUCCUACCCCAGUUCUCCUGCACCAUGGAGCACACGCACUUGGCACUGCAGCAGCAGAGGGCCACCCUGGCGCUGGAUGUGCUGGAGACACUGAGGUAGUGAAGAGGACAACUUGAGUAGAGGGAAUAUUUUUACUCAUCAUGAGACCUCAGACUGGGAUUAUGGUCUGUGUUUUUUAAUCAUUGUUUAUUUACCUUGCUCUUCUUCCCUUUUAAAAUGAAAUACAUGUCCAGUUCAUUUUCGGCCCUAUUCUCCCAUGCGCAUAAACGGGGAAAAGCCGCGCAGAGCCCCUCUACGCACAUUCCUUCAAGAUGCACAUUCUGUCGGUAGUAACUAGUAACCAUAAAAUGUGGUCACUCCCUGGCAAAUCUGGCCUUUUGCGCAUGCUCUGCCUCCUUUUUCAAUGAAUCACAUAAGCCCACCAUCAUGCACAGGGCACGUGCGGUGGGCGUGUCGGGAGUCUGGAUGGGAGAAUACAAGUAAGAGAAACGUGCUUACCUCCAAACACGGAGAAAAUCACUUCAGCUCAAACAGUAGUAUCGGACCCUUGGAGUCCAGUGUCUUAAAGGUUAGUUGCUUGGAUUUACUUUUCAGGGCCGUUUACGCAACACACGAUGAAAAAGAUUUGGUAAUAUUGGCAGGAGCUGACCCUCGACCCCUGAUCAAUUGCAGCACUGUAGGCGUGGUCAGGGGAGGAGGCUGUCAACUCCGAGCGUUUCGACCAAGAGGAGAAGAAGGCCGAUUUUUACCCUGUGUUAUUUGCUUCUUUUAUGUGUUUUAAUAAAAGAACCUUUCUAUAGUGUCUCACUGGGGAUGCAUCAUUUCAGUUUUAAAAGACCCUGAAAUAAGCAGGAUAGGGCCCCUUUAAGAGUACAGUAAUCCCUCGUUUAUCACAGUUAAUUGGUUCCAUACCUGACCGUGAUAAGUGAAUUUCCACAAAGUAGGAUUCCUUAUUAUAAAUUGAAUAUUUUUGUUUUGUUAGAGCAUGGAAAACCUGUUUACCAUCUUCUAAAUAAAGUUUUUAACAUUAUUAGAGCCCUCUAGACAUGAAAUAACACCACUAUAGUCACCUUUAGACUCAUUACCCAAUAUAGUCGACAUACUGUAAGAUAAAAUAAGCCAUUUAAGACAUAAAUAAGACUCGUGUUGUGUGUUGCUGUAAAUGUGUUCCUGUGCGAGGGGGGCUGAGUGGCGGGCGGACAGGAAGUACCGUCGGUGGUUCAAAGUAGAGUUUUGGUUUGAGCAUGUGUUACGGCCGCAACAGUAGCCCGUGUUAGGGAUUAUUAUGCCUGCUGUGAGGUCAUUCACACCUGCAAUAAAAGCCUGUUGUUACGGUGAUCAAGUCUGGUGCUUGUGUGUCUCACCCAACAUUACAGUAACAUUACUGACACCUCGUGACCAGUAUAGAAUACUACAUAUCACCACAUUUUUGAAUGCGUCUUCUGAAUGCCUUGUAUUUAUAUUUUACUUCAUUGAGCCAUUUUUAUGCUUGAAAAAAUACUUAAAAUUUGCUUCAAUAUUCUUUUUUUUUUUUUUUACUAAUAAUAUGCAGAAUGCUGAAAUAUCCUAGAAAUGUGUUCAAAUCUAUUCACUGACUGAGGAUCGUACCAGCAGCCGCCAGGUUGGGAGACAACCACUCUACGACCUGAGCCAUGCCGCCGUGCACAAAUAAGAAUGUUACAUGUACGGAAUAUUUUCAUAGUCAGAGCAUAGAAAACUUGUUUAUGACCUUUCAAAAACGACUUUUAACAUUAUUAGAGCGCUCUAGACAUGAAAUAACACCCCUAUAGUGACCUUUAUACUCAUAUUACCCAAUAUAGUAGACGUGAUAAGCAAUAAUAAGACAUAACACACCGUCUGCAUUGGGGAAGUUCCUUGUCGUGUCUCAAACGUAAUGCGGGUCGAUCGCGUGGCAUAAAAAAAAUAGGACAGCCAGUCUAACAUUGAUCUGCCAUACAUAUAUAAUAUUCACUCCGACAGUACCGCUAGCUUUUCCACUUUCAAUAUUUAUGACUAAGAGGCCAUAGUCAACCACCAAACAGCGGCCAUUUACUAAUUCAUUGUAUGUAAAGGGAGGGAGUAAUGUUCGAACCCCGAUGUAGCGAGGGAUGAUUGUUAAUGUUCAAUGUAAAAUUGAUUUGCACCAAUUGGGGGCAACAUUGAAAUUGUCCAUUCAUUUUCUGUGAGCAAAAGUUAUGUAUAAUACUGUAUUGCGACUUUAAAAAAAAACUUUUCUGCUAAAAUGACAUAGUAAAUGACAUAUUACGGGUUUUUUCUAGUAAAAUGUCCACUUUUUUCUUGUUAGAGUAUUACUUUUUUCUCUGUGUUUUGACGUUAUUCUUGUAAACCUACAGCUGUUUUUCCCUUUCUACUGUUGCCCCCCCCCCCCUGUUUUAACUGUUUAAACAUUUUCUUGUCAUUAUGACUUUAUUCCCAUAUUUUGUCUUUAUUCUCGUAACAUAAUGUUUUCCGCGACCUACCUUUUCCAAAAAUGACGAGUUGUAUUGUUUUGUUUCUCAUAUUAGCACUUUAAAAAAAAUAACGUAUUUUUAUUUAAUAUUUCAACUAAAAUGCCAUUAUUUUUCCUCAUAAUAUUACAAUAUUCUCAGGAAAUUAUGACGUGUUUUCUUAUUAUUUUGACUUUAUUCUUGUAAAAUCACCACUGAGUUUUCCACUUUUUUGUUUGUUUGUUUUUUGUUUUAGUUUUCUUGUCAAAUUAUAUUUUUAUAACGCGCCACAGGCUGCAAAUGGCAUCAGCGCCUCACUUUGAAAACCCCUGCUGCAAAAUAAACAGAAUGCUUCAGUAAUUAAAAAUCUAAAACGAUUUCGCACCGAUGGGGGGGCGCCAAAUAAAUUCCCCAUUCAUUUUCAGUGGGAAAUGUGUCACAGGAUAUAUGAAAUUAUAGUAAAUGUGGUAAUUUUUUUUUGUAAAUGUGGGAUUUAAAAAAAAAAAAAGAGGCCUGAUAGAUAUCUAUGAAUUAGCUUAACAAUUUGAGCAGCAAAAAUGGGGGGGGUACAACACAAGAAAAUAGGUGUUUCCAGUUCUUUAUAGCAUAAUACCAAACCACCUAGGCUUCAUGCAGGUGUUAUGUUCCUGGUGUUUAAUGACCUUUCCGAUUGGACUGUGUUUUGUCCUUCCCUCUAGUUAUGUAAUUCAAAGGACUGCACAAUGAGCUACUGUCCUGUGUGUGUGUGUGUGUGUGUGUGUGUGUGUGUGUGUGUGUGUGUGUGUGCAUGCGUGUGUGUUCACGGUGCCCACAUACAGUUGGACCCCUCUCCCUCCCUGGUAGCCAUGUGCCUUGUUACAGUAAAACUGAUGUCAUGUUUUGGAACAGCGCUACAUCCCCCCCAAUAAAAACAGAGCUGUGUGAUGUAGAUUUGUUUCUGUGGGCACGGACACGUUCAAGGGAUUUCUCACCGUGUCUGUCCUUCAUAUUAAAGUGUUUAUCUCAACUGCAGACAGCAAAUGGGGCAGCCCUCAGACUAAUUUUAGGGUUGGUCGUAGUAGAUUCCAAACUCUUAUGUCAUUUUUUUUUCCCCCCCGGCCUCUUACUAUUUUCAUUUCCUCUUGAGAUACUACGAGACUUGUGAUAUAUAUAUAUUUUUUAUAACAUCUCAUGCAAUUAUGAUUGUGAAUUAAAAAGGACAUAAUUGUUACUGGUGAUGCCGUAACCAGCAAUUUCUGGUAGCAUGCAGCGCAUUCUGCACUCGGUCGCGUGCAUUCACUCUGGUUUCUCGAAAGGUUUGACAUUGAAUGUGAACAUUCAGCCAUCCUGGCAAGGUCACAUGGAUAUGAUUAUCAACAAAAAUGGAACUGAAGCAAACACAGUAAAUGUGACAUGAUUGGAGCCUUACAUCAUUUUGCUCAGCAGUGGGCGCACUUGCACUUUUCAGGCAGCUCCUGUUGCGCUCGCAAGGGGGCAGUGUUGCCCUGCGUCACAUUAAAAAAAAAAAAACCAAAAAAAAAACACAUUCCUUCACUCUGGCCUCCCAGAUUGUGAAAAACAAGUUGAGAGAGGAAACUGAAGGGAGAGUGCUGUGAAAGGAUCUAACCGUAGUUGGUUUUAUUUAUUUUGAUUGAAAUCACACCUUUCCAGUCGUCUUGUUCAAAGGCUGCAGCUCAGUUUGCUGGAGAUCCACAAGUAGGUCAUGUGGUGGGUUUCAAGUGCAUGUUCCUCAAUGUGUAGCAUUGUGGAAUAGGCUGUUGUUGUACUGCUUAAAUAGAUUAUGCAACCGGUGGAGGCUAAAAAUGGUCCUGCACUCUGCCUGGACUCAUACUUGUGGUCUCACCCCAUCCACAGGGAAGAGUUUCCUUCCAUUACAAAUGCAUGUGUGUGCUUCCAAGUGUGGUGGCCCAAAGGCAGGGCUGCAGUGUAUUGACGCUGGUUCCAAACCCUUCGCGUUUUACAGGAAGUCCCAGUAUGUGUGACGACCUAUUUCCUGUUGUCACAUUCGUGGCUGUGUGCUCACUAGCGUCAAGGAGGAAGCGGUGCAUUUUAAGUUGGAGGGCUGGGCAGAUAUUGAUACCAACGGUGAUGUCCGUAUCAGAUUGAUACAGAGUGAUAUUUUUUUCCGUUUUUUGUGUUUAUUUUCUCAAAUAGGUGUUUUUUGUUAUGUUCAUAUUCAUACAUUGUUGAUGUUAUGGUUCUACAGCAGAUCCCCGCUUUUACAGGGGUUUCAUCCCGAACCACCAGCCAAUGGCGAAAAACCACAAGGAAUGCUAGCUGCUAGCUUGACGUUGAUGUUCUGCUCUGAUUUUGUACCAACAUUUGCAAUAAAAGUGACUUCAUUAUUAGAGUCAGCUUCAGAACCCGCCCCGUCUCUUCAAUUGCCGUUGUUCACUCGCCAUCCUUAUUAAACACAUUUAGUAUAAAAUGUAUAAGUGCUCACCACUAAUAAGUAGCCAAACAAACUUGUGCAUCUCAGCACACAACUCCGGUGCGUUCAAGGGCCGUUGAACAAAGUCCGACAUCUCACCGAAAAAACAUUAUCCACUCUAUAGUGUUAUAUUGCUUACAAACUCAGGCAAAAAGCAAAAUGAUUUGGAUGAGAGAUAAUAGUUUUUGUUUUUGUGUAGUUAUUUUGCACUGUUGACUUCAUUUUUCGCCAACUGCGAUAAGGGAAUGGUUGUAUUCAUUUUGUUUCAUUGUUGUAAAUAGUUGUAUUUAUAUCAUGUUAAAUUUGGGAUGUUGCCCAUCGUCCACAAUCCUUAUGUGAGACAUGAACGCACACGUCUUUGUCUUUCCUGUGCGUUCUAAAGAUAUAAAAACGGAUAAAAAGAGACAGCUCAUUAAUGCACACCUAUACAAAGACCGCUAUUAAAACACCUCCAAAAACCUCCAGCAAGGUUUUAUGGUUUUCUCUCCAUGCUGUGACCACGUAGUAGCAGGUACAUUCAUGAUAACAGGUGAUACGUACAGUAUUUUGCUGUGUUUUGGUCCUUUUAAGCAUUACCGGAACAACAUUUCUGGGCGCAUUGACGACACAGCAGCAGUAGCGGCAGCUCAAAUAUGUAGCGUUAGCUCUCUGUAUUGACCCGAGGCACUGUGAGCAAAUGUGUGGUGAAGCUAGUCUCUAGCCAGCUAGUAGCUAGCCGAUGUGGUGUGGCGAGGUGUCACUACGCCAAUAACGUAGUUCUUCGCCGUCACAAUGUUAAUUCCAAUAAUAACAACAAUAUCGCUGUAGCUUGGCUAAUAUGCAGGUCGCAUUAUGUAAAUGGGGUGUUUUCGGCAGUCAGGGUUAUUUUUUUCAGAAGGCUUUGUAGGUGGAAUAGGUGCAUCCCAUUACAUGCAUUCUUAGUUGUCUCUUUUUAUCUGUUUUUAUAUCUUUAGAACGCACAGAAAAGACAAAGGUGUGUGUACAUGUCUCACAUAAGGAUUGUGGCUGAUUGGCAAAAUUUUAAAAAGUGCACUUUUCCUUUAAUAAACAAGGUUGGUGAUGAAAAAAAUAUUUUAUUGUGUGAUUCAUCCUGAUUAUAAUCAUGACUGACAAAUUAAAGGCAAAAUUACAAAAUCACUCAAUGAUCUUGAAAACUUUAUUGGCAACGUGUUAGUAUCGGGAUACAAAGGGCCUGUAUUAACUUGGAUCGAUACAAAAAAUGCAGUAUCGCCCACCCC